AUGGCUUUCCACAUGAGGAAGUUAUUCCUCGUGAGCUUCUCCUGUGGUGAUGGCCCGAGGGGUAUGGCGUGGGAGGCGCUGGAUGAUGAGGGGGCAAAGGUGGAGGCGGAGGCAAGGGAUGUGGUGAGCGCACUCAUGGUGCAGGUAUGGGAUGCUGUUGAGGUAUCGGGCAGGAACGUGAUGCAAACAUCAUCAGUUGUCACAACUUCAGUUGUAACGCACAGGUACGGCGACCAAUCAGGAGAGAUAACACAAGACUACCUCCACGCCAACGGAAACGCUCUUCAAGAUGGAGAGAUAACGCAGGACUACCACAUCCCGGUGGGUGCCGUGCUCUUCAACUCCUCAGAGGCGGACUUUCUCGUGAAGCUCGGAGACUGCGUCACACAGAUGAUCGUCCAGGUGAUUGCUACGUCGGAGGCAGCAGAGGUGGAGGACCUCAAUGCCAACGCCACCCUCUGGGGGGGUGCACCAUAUGCAUUUCUCCAUCAUGGACAAGUUUAUCACUCUAGUUUCAUUGAUGAUGACGGGAUCACAAAAGCCUGUGGGUGUCCUUUGCUUCCACUCAAAACCCAUAUGAAGGGCCCAGCCCCAGCCUCAGAUUCAGAUAAGGAGGGUAUAAUUGAUGAAGCAAUAACUUUCUUCCGUGCAAAUGUUUUCUUCAAAAACUUCCAUGUCAAAAGCCCAGCAGACAAAUUGCUCAUCUAUCUGACAUCUUACAUCAAUAUUGCCUUGAAAAGACUAGAAACCUGCCGGACGCUGGCUGUCGGAACUAAGGCAAUCAUUAACCUGGGGUUGGAAAAAGUUCCUGCGCCUGGGGAACCAGGGUUUCCUUUCCCUGGACUUUUCACUCUCCCCCAAUCUGGGGAGGAAGCAGAACUGUUGAGGAACUAUCUGAAGCAGAUAAGGGAGGAAACGAGCGGGAGGCUGCUCAACUGCGCAUACAGAGCUAAUGGCACUCCCAACAAAUGGUGGCUGGCUUUUGCGAAGAGGAAGUUCAUGAACGUUGUCAUCCUUUAGAGCGUAAGCACAUCAGCAACAG